UGGUCGGUCCCUUCCAUCAAGUCGGGCUGGUGGGCUCCGCUGCCGGGCCGGUCCUCGCCACCUUCGGAGGCAUCUCCGGAGAAUCACCUGAUCUAGAAUUACAUAAGGCGAAGCUCCCUCCGACCUGCGGCGACCCCGCAGAGCCGGCUCCCUAGCCGGGCGCAGCAGCACUUUCUGGGGCUCCCUCUUCCGAGCCCCUCCCGCUCCAGAGCCUUCCCUCCCUUAACAAGUUGGGUCUUUGGGGGGGGUCACUUUCCCCCCGUGGCCCUUUCCCACCCACGUCCCCCUCCUGCCCCGACUCUGCAGCUUUCCGCGGUUGCGCUAAGACCCUGGUCCGGUGGUCCCAAAGCCCGGGAGAGUUUGGCUCAUCUGGGGGAAGCCAGCAGCGCCCGCCCCCGGCCGGCCCGAGAUCAUCGGGUCGAGCCGUCUUCCUCCCGGUCACCCAGGGCUACCGCUGCCUCUCAGAUGAAACUUGGUGGGGAAACUCUCCCUGGCGGAUGGCCGGAGAGUCCUGGACAGGAUUCCCUUUUUUGCGCCCCCCAGGCUCCAGGUUUCUAUGCCCGAGAAGGCCAGCCCCACAGAAGCCCCCAGCCAGUCCUAAAGCCUCUCCUUCUGGGGGCUGCAGGACUGGCAGCUCCCCUCACAGACCCCGAAGAGUCCACGGGCUGCAGCCAGUGGCAGAGACCAGUCUUGGCCUCGAUCCUUAGGUGGUGGGGAGAAGAUGCUUCUGGCCCUUUCAAACUGGAGUGGGAAACCAUAGCAAAUGGUUAUUUGCUCCUGAAAGGGAAGCUGGGAUGGUCGGGUCAGAAGCCAUUCUAGAAAUAAGUAGUUGGCGUUAUAGUUUUAAUAUUGUGUAUUUCUUCCAUCUAUCUUCUGGAGAGCAGCUAAAGGAACUUGGCACAUCUGAAGACAUUAGUCUCCACAAAACGUCUGCCAACUUGAAGUGGUUGAAUGUCCAGAUGGCUCCCCUGAGGAAUGGCCUUGGCUGGGUUCUUGCAACUCCUCACCCCACCCCCCACACCCCAUCCCAAGCAGUCCAUUCCUCCUGAUCUCCAAGCUGGAUCUUCAAGUACUCAUCAAAAUGCAGCUCAGUGGUGAGAAAAGGAAGGGCCUGCACUUAGGCAAGAAAAACCAAUUCCACGGUUAUGGAAUAGGUAGCACCUGGCUCAAGAGCACUAACUGUCAGAGGGACCUAGCAUUGCCAGUGGCCAACCACCUAAAUAGGACCUAGCGGAUGCCAAAGAAGCCAAUGCAAUCAUAAACUGCACUAACAGAGGGAGAGUUUCAAAAUGGUGUGAAAUGUUGAUGGAGAUUCUCAGUCUCCAUAGAAAAAGCACCUUUGGGACAAGCAUGUGAAAUGUUAGCACCACUUUAAAAUGCUUUGGCAAGACCAUACUUUGAAUAUUGCAUCCAGUUCUGAUCACCACGAUACAAAAAAAGACAUUGAGGCUCUAGAAAGAGUGCCGAGAAAAAGAGCAACCAAGAUGAUCAGGGGGCUGGAGGUUAAAACCGAAGAACGGCUACAGGAAUUGGCCUCCGGGCUCCAGUGCUACGGCUGCAACGUGAUAGUGGGCAGCAGGUCGGUCAACACCGGUUGCUCCAGUCCAGAAGUGAUCACCUGCCCCCGUUCCCACCAAGGGUUCAAGCACCGGUUCUGCAUCAAGAUGGAAAGCGCGGUGCUGGGGGUCCUUUUGACCAGUGGAUGCGCCACCUCCCGUCACUGCCAGCAGCAGGAGUUGCCAGGGAUCCGGAUCCACUGCUGCAACAGAGAUCUUUGCAAUGGAUCCCCUGCUUGCUCCUCCUGCCCUGCCUGCUACCUCCUGAUCUUGUGGACGGUCCUGCUUACCUUCCUCCUGUGAAGCAGAGCUCAGAGACACCAGGACGCCUCUCCGGCCAUGCUGCUGCUGCCCGUUGGCCCCAGAUCUCCUUUUUCGUCCUUCUUGGUCCCCUGGCAGCCAUCAGAAGAGGUGGCUUCAUUGUCAUUCUUCACUGAGUUUUAUAAGAACCGGCAAGUCUAAAUAAAGCAUCCUGAGAAAUUG